GAGAGAGAGCCGACCACACACCAUCUCAACCAGGUACUAUGGAAGGCAAGCGACAGAAUAAUGCGGCUCGCUCCUCACGAGGAAAACUUCACUUCCCAGUUAACAAAGUAGAACGCCUACUUCGAGAAAGGAACACCUCCAAAUGCCCUAACUCCUCUGCACCCGUUUUUCUUGCCGGUGUUCUUGAAUAUUUGACCUCAAAUAUUCUUGACCUGGCUGGCAAGGAGGCCCACAACAGUGGCAGUAAGCUUAUUAGCCCUGAGCAUGUGACCAUGGCCAUUCGAAAGAAUGAAGGAUUCCACCAACUCCUAAAAGAUAACAAAUGGUUGGCUGGUGAGAUACCAGGACCCAGCGGGACAUCAGCACUUAAUAAAAGAUCUGCACUCAAGAGACCAACACCUGAUGAGAUAACAGAACCUGAUGAGACACCAGCACCCUCUGGGACACCAGCACCUGAUAAGAAGUGAAGAUAAUUGCAUUUCAGAGACUGGAAAGCCAUCAAGUCUCAAAUCAGCCUCAAUGUCUCCCUUAUUGGUGGAGGUGGGGCUUACUCAGACAUUGUAUUAAAGUGUCUAAAGCA